AUUCGCGGAUUUCGUAUUCUUCAAAUUUUGAACCGAAUAUCCUGCAGCCGUCCAAUGCUUGCCAUUGCCCAGCUCAGUGCGAAAAGACUGCGUUUACCUAGGAGCUGGUCUUACAGGUUGCAUGAUGCCCAGCGUAUACACAGCAUCACCACAUCUCGCUUGGACCCGACCAUUCGUGACUUCGCGUCUUCUUUGGCCGCGAAACAGCCGUGCUUUUCAUUACCCUCACAAAGCGUGCGCGUGCUCUCUGAACCUGCUGAUUUCUAUCGAAGUCUCCUAAACAUCAUUCUCCGAGCCCGGAAACGAAUAUUCCUGUCCUCUUUGUACAUUGGAUCUUCAGAAAAUGAGCUUAUAGACACUCUAGACUUGGCACUGUCGAGAAAUCCAGACCUUCAUGUCUAUCUCACACUGGAUUACAACAGGUCCACUCGUCCAGGACCCUCCUCUCCAAUUCUCUCUCUCUUGCCUCUACUGCGCCAGUAUCAAGAUAGGAUACACAUCUCUCUUUUCCGCAGUCCCAAGCUGAAAGGUGUUAUGGCGGAAAUGGUGCCCCCGCGAUUCAACGAAGGGUGGGGAACAUGGCAUGCUAAAAUUUAUGGGGCUGAUGACGAGGUCAUCAUAAGUGGCGCAAACCUCAACAAGUCUUACUUUACGGAUCGACAAGAUCGCUACUUCCAUUUCUCGGCCCAACCUGCUUUGACAAACUAUUGUUUCUCGUUCCUACGAACAAUCUCAAACUUUUCUUAUCGAUUGCUUCCUUCAAAUACUACAAAUGGACAUUCUCUUGAAUGGCUUAACCGUGACAUAGGACCGUGGAAUUUCCAGUCGAAAGCUGAAAGCGCUCUGAAAAAGCUUCAGUAUUCUAACUUGUCUGCUUCACUUUGCUCGCCAGAGCUCAAAGGCGCCUCCGGUAACGAUGUUUUACUAUUUCCCGUCAUACAGGCGGGUCAGUUCAACAUUCGUGAGGAAGAACAAAGUCUAUCGCUACUCUUUGAACAUCUCAAUUCUCAACGAUGUAUUGAAUCCAGUAACCCAUCCAUGGACCUAACAAGCGGUUACUUCGGUUUGUACAAACCUUAUCAGGAUUUAGUGCUCAACUCAUCUAUUGGAUGCGAUAUUAUUGCCGCAAGCCCAAAGGCAAAUGGAUUUUAUGGCUCAGGUGGACUCUCGGGACUAAUUCCAGAAGGAUACACGCUUUUGGAACAGCGGUUCAUGAGAGCUGCACGAGCCGCAGGGAGAAUAUCAUCGACGGGAAAAUCACUUAAUAACGAUGUACGGUUGAAGGAGUGGGAGAAAGACGGAUGGACUUAUCACGCAAAAGGCAUUUGGUUAUCUCCGUCACCCGAUACCACCCCAGUGCUCACACUUUUCGGCUCCACGAAUCUCAACUCACGCUCAUCUCAUCUGGACACUGAGCUAUCUUUCAUCAUGAUGACCUCCUCAGAGGCCUUGAGACACACGCUUCGCCAAGAGGUAGUAGGAUUGAGGCAUUGGGCAGUCCCCUGGAAAGGUGAUGAAAGGAAAGUUCGCUGGAGGACGAAGGCUAUUGUGGGUCUUGUAGGAGGUAUGCUAUAACGUAUGUCUAGUUUCUGCGUAUUUCGAUAUCACGCUAGAAUAUACAUUUGCUCCACUCA